UGGAUCUCUACAUGCUAUGGAUUUGAUACCGUCCGUCCGGCGACCAGUACGCGGCUGGUGGGCACACACUGCAGGUGUUUCCCCGGUUUCACGCGACCCGUCCUCGCGAUGUCGUUGAUAAUGCUCGCGGUGCCGCCGUGUCGAGCGCGUGCCUCUGAUCUUGAUGGCAGAUCGAUCGCAUUAUAGAUCCAUCGCAUUCGCACAGAGGGAAGUUUACCUCCAGCGACCAGAAGAGGGAGGCGGAUAAUUGCACGGCGGUUCACUCUCUGUACGACAUGAUACUGUGAGACCGCUGCAUGAGGCAGCCUGGACGGACAUGAUGGAGGAGGCUGCCAGUCAGCUCGAGAGAGACCAUGUGCACAAUGUCUAUGACAAGAUUGCUCCAUAUUUCAACGACAGCCGCUAUAAAGCCUGGCCGAAGGUGCGACAGUUUCUGCUGGACCUGCAGCCUGGGAGCAUCGUCGCUGACAUUGGUUGUGGCAAUGGCAAGUAUCUCCACAUCAACAAGGAGGUGUUCAAGCUGGGGUGCGAUGUUUGUCGCCCCCUGGUGGACUUUGCCUGGAGCCAAGGACACGAGGUCCAGAUGUGUGACGGGCUGCAUUUGCCUUACAGAGACGGCUGCUUUGAUGCUGUGCUCUCUAUUGCAGUCAUCCAUCAUCUGUCCACCAAAGAGCGACGUAUUCGAGCAAUAAAGGAGAUGGCCCGCACCCUGCGAGUUGGUGGACGUAUCAUGAUCUACGUGUGGGCCAUGGAGCAGAAGCGUCGAAAGUUUGAGAAACAGGACAUCUUCGUUCCCUGGAACCCCAACCCUUAUUCGCCCUCCGGCUUCAACAGGGAGCACGGCAAACCCAGACGGAGGGCCGUGGCUCAGAGCGUGAGCGAAGCCAUAGACAACACCGACAAGCACAGGAAGGUUAGAAGCACAUCCUCCGUGGCAGACGAAGAAGAUCUGACCUGCACCACGCCACAGCAGAGGACACAGAGACUGUGGUUCUUCUCCAGGUCUCUGGAUUCUGUGUUUGACUUUGGAAGCUUAGCCAUCUCCCGGUCGUCCUCCAGAGACCUGAGCACUUUAUCUUCACCCACAGGAGAAAAUGAGGGGAACAAGGCCAGCCAGCGCGGGAGAGGACAGGGCCUGAUCAAGCAGGUCUCAAGCUUCUUUUCCCCGCCAUCUGUGAUCGGAUCAGAGGAGGACGUCUUUGACUCGGUGACAGACCUGCACAAGGGACAAAAUGAUCCUGGAGGCAACAACAACAACAUGGCCAACAACAAUGGUACAGAAAACCAGAGCGUCUCAUUAUCUUUAGCCCAGGAGUGUGGCUCUUUGGCCCUGCCAGACCUGGUCCCAUUCCAGAAAGAGCACCUGAAGCAGUCUGGAGAUGAAAGUGAAGCAGGGCCGCAGGGGGAAGAGCAGCAGCAAAGCACAAGGAGUCCUCAGGGGAGCGAGGGGCAGGUGGAAGGCUCCUGCCUGAGGUACUAUCACGUCUUCAGGGAGGGAGAACUGGCAGAGCUGAUAGAGAACCAUGUUGAAGAGCUUCAUGUCAAACACACUUACUUUGAUCACGCCAAUUGGUGUGUGGUGGCAGAGAAAGUACAGUUAUGGAAAAUAUGAUUUUAACAUGUUUGUUUUUAGUUUGGAUCAACUCUGCCUCAAGUUUUAGCACUGAAUCACAUAUUUGAUGAUUAUUACAGUCUUGUAACUGAAAAGUGUGUAAAUAUACAGAUGUAGCCAUUGUUGAAGGUACACAAAACACUAAACUAGUCCACUGCUGCAAUCCUCUACUUGGACAUUUUCAUUUUUUAGUCUAUUUUAGGUUUCUGGUAGUCCUGGAACCAGUUGUGUGACAGACCUAUUUAUAUCUAGCAUUAAAUAUUAUUUUAGAUGGUUUUGCAGCAGCAGGGCAGGAUGCACAAAGACUGAUGGUGUUCAGCAAUGGUUAUCACUGUAUGUUACACCAUGUUUUUAAAGUAUUUAUUCUAUUUCAAUCCAUGAAACCAACAAGCAGUAUCCAGAUUUCUAGUUUGUAUUCUCUUUUAGUGUCAAAAAUAUGUUUUUAUUGUCAAACCACAGCAAGCUCCAGUGUUACUAAAGAUUUAAACUCUUUUUAAAUGAGUAUUUCUGCAAGGGAUACGUUAUUAAGGAAUGCACUGUUUUUCUCUUUGGACUUUUAAUACUAGCCAAAGAGGAAUUUGUUUGACUACAGUAUAUUCUUCCAUUUGCUCUUAAAUGUUUAAUUAAUUGAUCAUAGUGGAAAAUGACACUCUAUUCUUUGUCUGCCUGUUUUACAGUUGCACACUCCGAGUAUGAGGAGCUAAACUUGCAGCAAGUAUUUGUUAUGGACUCUGUAAACUGCUUGUGUAUCUACCAUAACAUACACAUCAUAAAGAGUUGUUGUGCAGAAUAUCUUCCAAAACACUUGUGCAUUUGCUUGUUGCUUUUUCAAAAGUGUUUCAAAGGUGUUGCCAGUGUGUCUGUGUGCUUAAUGUUUGUAAUAGUGUAUACCGUCUUGUUCUGAAGUAAGAAGCUGAAAUAUACCACUUGUAUAUUUCAGCAAAUCAACUGCCUCAUAUACUGUGAAUAAACAUUGCACUGUACCACAAAUAUGUCGCUGCUUGAUGUCAGUGAAUGACAUACAAUAGGUGAAACUUGAAACAUACUGGUUAUCUGUACCCAUUGUGCCAAGGAUGGUACAUAAACCUUAUCAGUACAGUAUGUGUGGACCAACUGUGUUUGUUCAGAAGUGACACUGGUACCUUAAUGUCUUAUGUGACCUGAUGUAAAUAGUUUAAAUCUGUUUUUUUCUUUAUUAAAUAUUUUUGUUCAUGA